UUAUUAGAUUCCAAUCUGAUAAAAAAGCAAAAUGUGCAAAUUUUGUCGUGGGGACCUUACCAGUCGUAAAGAAUGCGGUAUUUGGGCCAUCGCCAUAAUAAUAAUAUGUGCCGUUAUUAUUUCAUAUGUGUCUACCCGUGAAACCUUUAACAUAUACCACAAAAUCGUAGUUGGGGGAGGCAGCUUUGCAAUUUUAGCUGCAAUAUUCCUUCUGAUUGGGGCCAUCUUGGAAAACCGUUUUCUUGUGUGGAUUUGGGUGGCUAUUAUUAUUCCGGUAGUUGUUACAAUUACUACCGUAUAUGUAAUCAAGUUGUGCAGAGAAUGGGAGAUCAUCACAGAUCGGGCUAAGAUAUACACCAUUAUUUGUUUAAUAAUUUGUCCAUGUUUCUGUGCGUAUCAGGUUUUCAUCACAGUAGUAUACGCAUUGAAAUUGAAAAGAACAAGAAGUGAAGUUGAAGACCGUGCGGGUGUAUAUUUUGUGAGGUGCCUUUGACUUUAAUAUUUCAAUGUAUAUUAAUUGAAUUUGUAAAACUGUAUGUGUGCUUUUCGAAACCAUUUU